AACAACAACAAGUCUGAAUUCAUCACAUCGACGCGGUGGCAGCUUUGCUUCUUGCCGUAUUUUGGGCUCCGUACGAUUUAUUUAUAAUUUGAAUCGAGUUUAAAAGGAUAUAUAUAUAGACAAAAUGUCAAUAAAACUGAAGGCGAACGUAAACAAUCCGCCCAUAAGCGGCUUGGCGACAGCGCAUUUAAUCAAUGCGUCGGUACCCGUGGAAAUUGUUUGGGCCAAAGAGACAUCGCUGCAGUUUCCCGAUAACCGAUUGCUUGUAUGUCACUCCAACAACGAUGUUUUGCGGGCCUUGGCACGUGCUGCUCCCGAUCACAAGUUGUAUGGUGAAACGGCUAUUGAGCGCACACAAAUCGAUCACUGGCUGUCUUUCUCUCUCACCUGCGAGGAUGACAUCUCGUGGGCCAUGUCCUUCCUGGACAAAUCCAUUGCCCCCGUCACGUACCUGGUGGCCAACAAGCUGACCAUUGCUGACUUUGCUCUCUUCAACGAAAUGCAUUCUCGCUACGAGUUCCUCUCAGCCAAAGGCAUUCCUCAGCAUGUGCAGCGUUGGUAUGAUCUGAUCAAUGCCCAGCCGCUGAUCCAGAAGGUGCUGCAAUCGUUGCCACAGGAGGCGCGCGUCAAGCGCAGCAUUGCUGAGCCCUCGGCCAAGAGUGGCGAACGCAAGCAGGAGGGCAAAUUCGUUGAGUUGCCAGGCGCCGAGAUGGGCAAGGUUGUGGUGCGUUUCCCACCAGAGGCAUCAGGUUAUCUGCAUAUUGGACACGCAAAGGCGGCGCUGUUGAAUCAGUACUACGCACUGGCGUUCCAGGGCACGCUGAUUAUGCGCUUCGAUGACACCAAUCCCGCCAAGGAGACGGUCGAGUUCGAGAAUGUCAUUCUCGGCGAUCUUGAGAUGCUGCAGAUCAAACCGGAUGUGUUUACGCAUACGUCCAACUACUUUGAUCUGAUGCUCGACUAUUGCGUGCAGAUGAUCAAGGAGAACAAGGCCUAUGUAGAUGAUACUCCCGCUGAGCAAAUGAAACUCGAACGCGAACAGCGCGUCGAGUCUGCCAAUCGGUCCAACUCUGUCGAGAAGAAUCUGGCGCUGUGGGAGCAGAUGGUGCAGGGCUCCGAGGCUGGCCAAAAGUGCUGUGUGCGUGCCAAGAUUGACAUGUCGUCGCCCAACGGCUGCUUGCGUGAUCCUACCAUCUAUCGCUGCAAGAACGAACCACAUCCACGCACUGGCACUAAGUACAAGGUGUAUCCCACUUAUGACUUUGCCUGCCCCAUUGUGGAUGCCAUCGAGAAUGUGACGCACACGCUGCGCACCAUGGAAUACCACGAUCGUGACGAUCAGUUCUACUGGUUCAUCGAUGCAUUGAAGCUGCGCAAACCUUACAUCUGGGAAUACAGUCGCCUCAACAUGACCAACACGGUGCUGUCCAAGCGUAAGCUGACUUGGUUUGUCGACUCUGGUCUGGUCGAUGGCUGGGAUGAUCCACGUUUCCCCACUGUGCGUGGCAUCAUCAGACGCGGCAUGACUGUUGAGGGUCUGAAGGAGUUCAUCAUUGCACAGGGCAGCAGCAAGUCUGUGGUCUUCAUGAACUGGGACAAGAUCUGGGCAUUCAAUAAGAAGGUGAUUGAUCCCAUUGCGCCACGUUACACCGCGCUGGAGCACGACAAACGCAUUAUUGUGAAUGUGGCGGGUGCCAAGUUGGAGAAGGUGCAGGUGCCAGUGCAUCCCAAGGACGAGAAACUCGGCACAAAGACCGUCACUUUGGGACCACGCAUCUACAUCGACUACGUGGAUGCCGAGGCACUUAAGGAAGGCGAGAAUGCCACCUUUAUCAACUGGGGCAACUUGCUGAUCAAGAAGGUGCACAAGGAUGCCAGUGGCAACAUUACCUCCGUGGAUGCUGCGCUCAAUUUGGACAACAAGGACUUUAAGAAGACGUUGAAACUCACUUGGCUUGCGGUGGAAGAGGAUGCGAGCGCUUAUCCACCCACACACUGCGUCUACUUCGACAACAUCAUUAGCAAAGCUGUGCUGGGCAAGGAUGAGGACUUUAAGCAGUACAUCGGACACAAGACACGCGAUGAAGUCAAAAUGCUGGGCGACCCAGAGCUUAAGAAGUGCAAGAAGGGCGACAUCAUUCAGCUGCAGCGUCGCGGCUUCUUCAAGGUGGACAAUGCUUAUGCACCGCCCAGUCCCUAUACCGGAGUCGCCUCACCCAUCAUCCUCUUCUCCAUUCCCGAUGGCCACACCAAGGAUGUGCCCUCCUCCGGCUUGAAGAUCAAUGCUCCAGCUGCAUCGGCUGCCAAAACAAAUGCUGCCAACAACAAAGCUGCCAACGCUGCAACAUCGCAAGCCGGUGACUUGGACAAGCAGAUUGUCCAGCAGGGUGAUCAAGUGCGUGACCUGAAGGCCAAGAAGGCGCCCAAGGAUCAAAUUGACGUGGCUGUGAAGAAGCUGCUCAGCUUGAAGGCAGACUACAAGGCUGCCACAGGUGCCGACUGGAAACCAGGACAGACCCCAGCUGCCGCUACUGCUCCUGCUGCCACUUCCAACGACGCUGCCGCUGUCAAUGCCAGCAUUGUGAAGCAGGGAGAUUUGGUGCGCGAUCUGAAGGGAAAGAAGGCGCCCAAGGCGGAAAUUGACGCUGCAGUGAAGCAACUGUUGGCCUUAAAGGCAGAGUACAAGACUCUAACCGGUCAGGAUUGGAAACCAGGUACCACAGUUGCUCCAGCUGCCGCUCCUGCUCCUGCUGGUGCUUCCAACGACGCUGCUGCCGUCAACGCUAGCAUUGUGAAGCAGGGAGAUCUUGUGCGCGAUCUGAAGGGUAAGAAGGCGCCCAAGGCGGAAAUUGACGCUGCAGUGAAGCAACUGUUGGCUCUAAAGACAGAGUACAAGACCCUAACCGGUCAGGACUGGAAGCCAGGCACCACAGUUGCUCCAGCUGCCGCUCCUGCUCCAGCUGCCCCUGCAUCCGGCGUAGCUGAUGUCCUAGCACAGAUCGCCGCCCAGGGAGACAAAGUACGUGAGCUGAAGUCUGCCAAGGCUGAUAAGGCUACCGUUGACGCCGCUGUCAAGACAUUGCUCAGCCUCAAGGCAGAUUACAAGCAGCUUACAGGCAGCGAUUGGAAGCCAGGCACCACAGCUCCUGCAGCCACAAGUGCUCCUGCUGUCAAACAGGAAAAAUCCCCGGGACCUGCAUCGUCUUCAGCCGUCGCCACUUUGCUGGACAAGAUCGCUCAGCAGGGUGACAAGAUCAGGCAACUAAAGUCCGCCAAGUCAGAGAAAUCCCUAGUCGACGCCGAGGUUAAGCUGUUGCUGGCUCUGAAGACGGACUACAAGAGUCUGACUGGUCAAGAGUGGAAACCAGGCACCGUUGCACCCGCAGCUCAAGCUCCAGUUGCCACCAUUGAUCUGACAGCGAGCGACGAUAGCAGCAGUGGCAACGACAUUGCCAGCGUCUUGGGUAAAAUUCAAGUGCAAGGCGAUAAGAUUCGUCAGCUGAAAUCUGCCAAAGCAGCUAAGGCAGCAAUUGACCCUGAAGUGAAAACACUGCUAGCCUUGAAGGCCGAGUACAAACAACUCAGUGGCAAGGAUUGGACUCCCGACACCAAGGUGGAAGUGAAAGUAGAGGCGAAAGUUGAGCCAAAAGUAGAAACGAUGGCGUCUUCCGAGAAGGAUCAGCUGACGCUUGAGAUUAAUGCGCAGGGCGAUAAAGUGCGUGAAGUUAAAGGAGCCAAGGCUGCCAAGGAUGUGAUCGAUGCUGAGGUGGGCAAGCUGUUGGCCCUGAAAGCCAAGUACAAGGAGGUGACUGGCACUGAUUUCCCCGUAGCUGGACGCGGCGGAGGUGGAGCGGUCAAGAAAGCGCCCAAGGAGCCGCAGCAGAAGCCCGCAAAACCAGUUAAGAAAGAGACACCAGAUGCCGCUGGUGGAGUGAAGAAACAGACGCGUCUGGGUCUCGAGGCCACCAAAGAGGACAAUCUGCCCGAUUGGUAUUCGCAGGUGAUCACCAAGGGUGAGCUUAUCGAAUACUACGAUGUCUCCGGCUGUUACAUCCUACGUCAUUGGUCCUUUGCCAUCUGGAAGGCGAUCAAGAACUGGUUCGAUGGAGAGAUUACAAGCAUGGGCGUCAAGGAGUGCUAUUUCCCCAUCUUUGUAUCCAAGGCAGCCUUGGAGCGUGAGAAGACGCACAUUGCGGACUUUGCGCCCGAAGUGGCGUGGGUCACCAAGUCCGGUGACUCUGAGCUCGCUGAACAUAUUGCCGUGCGUCCCACGUCGGAAACUGUGAUGUAUCCCGCCUACGCCAAGUGGAUACAAUCCUACAGAGAUUUGCCCAUUCGUCUCAAUCAAUGGAACAAUGUUGUGCGCUGGGAAUUCAAGCAUCCUCAACCCUUCCUGCGCACUCGCGAGUUCCUCUGGCAGGAGGGUCACACGGCAUUCGCCAGCAAGGCUGAGGCCGACAAGGAAGUUCUGGAAAUUCUCGAUCUGUAUGCGCAAGUCUACACGGAUCUGCUGGCCAUUCCCGUGGUCAAGGGCCGCAAGACCGAGAAGGAGAAGUUUGCCGGUGGCGAUUACACAACCACCGUUGAGGCUUUCAUUUCGGCUUCGGGACGUGCUAUUCAGGGCGCCACCAGUCAUCACUUGGGACAGAACUUUUCCAAAAUGUUCGAGAUUGUCUACGAAGAUCCCGAAACCCAACAGAAGCAGUACGUGUACCAGAACUCCUGGGGUUUAACCACACGCACCAUUGGCGUCAUGAUCAUGGUGCAUGCUGAUAACCAGGGUCUGGUGCUGCCUCCCCAUGUGGCCUGUGUCCAGGCGAUUGUUGUGCCCUGCGGCAUCACAGUCAGCACCAAGGAUGACGAGCGUGCCGAACUCUUGGGUGCCUGCAAGCAAUUGGAGAAGGUUCUAAGCGGUGCUGGCGUGCGCUGCGAAGGCGACUAUCGUGACAAUUACUCGCCUGGAUGGAAGUUCAAUCACUGGGAGUUGAAGGGCGUGCCCAUACGCAUUGAGCUGGGUCCCAAGGAUCUGAAGGCCAAGCAGAUUGUCGCAGUGCGUCGUGACACCGGCGAGAAGCAAACAAUUGCCUUGGCUGAGAUUGAAAAGAAGAUUCCUGCGCUGCUCGAGACCAUUCACGAGAGUAUGCUGGCCAAGGCGAAGGUGGAUCUCAGCUCACAUACCAAGACCGUGAAGACCUGGGCCGAGUUCUGCAAUCUGCUAGAGCAGAAGAACAUGCUGUUGUCGCCAUUCUGUGGCGACUCCGUCUGCGAGGACAAGAUCAAGGCAGACAGCGCACGUGGCGAAGAAGCCGAGCCUGGUGCACCCGCCAUGGGAGCCAAGUCGUUGUGCAUACCCUUCGAGCAGCCCGCUCCCAUUGGCGACAAUGACAAGUGCAUCAAUCCCAGCUGCACGAACAAACCCAAGUUCUACACGCUCUUCGGGCGCAGCUACUAAACCCCGAUCAUUACCUUGGAGAUUCUUCAUACAAAAUACUUCCUGCCUGGACACUUAAUACGCAUCAAUAGUUGACUCUACUUGAAUCUGGAUUCGUCACAAUUAAUUGAAUACGAAUUUUUGUUUUGUUUUAAAAAUAUAUUUCAUAAUAAACUUGUCACCUAAAUUAAAAUACA